AUGAUGUCCGCUGCAGCAGUAGCAGCAGCGAUCGUUAUAAGGUGCCUUUGGUUGGUGUGUCUUGGAAGAGUGGAUUUUGCGGAGAUUGAGGCUGUUGUUACUGUUGUUGUUGUCGUCGUGACAAUGUGUUGGUGGGCGUCGCUCGUUGAAGUAGACGGAGGUUAUGCUCAGUCAGAUUGGCUGUUGGCGUGGGAUGAUGGAGUGCUCUCACUCACCUACCACCGGUGUCUGUUGGAUGUUGAGGGUGUGGUGAAUGUGCGCUCAUCUGAUUUGAGGCAGUGGUAA